ACAGUGCAGUUUGACCAAGUGGAGAGUAAGAAGAAGAAGAAGAGGUGACAGCACUCGCACGCUAUAUUGUGACUACUUCUCCUGGAACACGACAGGACACAUGCAUUGGCAGAUAUGAUGGCCACAAGAGAAUAACUACAGCACAAAGAGGAAAUCCUGCAGUGUAAAACCUUGGACAACCAAAAGAUGUAGUGGACUGAUCUAGCUUUUAUUUGUGAGAAAUCGUUUGCAGCAAACGUGGUUUUAUCACGUUCUUCACCGUUUCAGGGCUCUCCUUGCUAUGCCACUCUUCAGCUGGCCAAAGUGGUCCCAUUACACAUCCACACAGGCUGAAGCCUCGUCUCGGAGAAACCCUGAGGACCGACCGAGCCAUGACUUGAUCCGAGAGCUUUUAUGGUAUGUGCAGGAUCGUGAGUGCACAGCCAGGAUGCUGGAGCUGGAGCACAAGCUUGCCCACAGCACUGUGGAUAACCUAUGUUUUCAGAGGUGCCCCAGGUGGCGGACCUUCAUCCCCACAUCAGAGCUAGACCAACUGGAACUACUGUGUGCCGGCAUCCCGCCUAUCCACACUGCAGCGGUACUCUCCAGAUUUCGUGAGGUGCUUGCAGACAGCAAAGUGAUGCCAUGGGAGCUGGUUUCAGUCUUCAAGCUGGUGCUGAGAGACAUCAACCAAAGGAAAUAUGGCGAAGAGCACAACCUCUCAAAGAAGAUGAAGCAGCUUCCAACAACGGCGUUUUGGACAAGCAGCAACAAAUUGGAGCAGCACGUUGUCAAAGCAUGCAGUAGUGAUGAAAAGCUAAGGGAGGAGAUCCCAACUGUGUCUGGAUAUGUGGACAGUGCCAUGCGGUGCACCAGUUUGCUCACAGCAAAAAGGGAGUGGGAAAUUCCAUCUUACUAUCCAGUUCCCAUGAGGCCAACAGAGGCAUGUAAUAUACCAAGAGGACACUCUCCUGAAUGAAUCUGAUCUCUUGAUUAAUUUGUAAAUUAUGUCUUCUAGGUAGAAAAUAUAGGUGUUUUUACAUUGACUACAUGGUGUGACCUUAAAACUGGGGUUGGGAAUCUCUGGCAUGAGGCCG